GAGACGAGGCGGAGCUGAGAGGACGCGCAGGGGAGGUGACCUCGCGGCAGGUGAGCAGCGGCGGCUGACGGGUGACGGCGGGGGGAACAGGGUGGCCGCCCCGCCGCCACGCUCUGGUCCCUGGCCUUGGCGAGGCGGCCGUCCUGCGGGCCUCACUCCCAGGUAAUAAAUCAUCAUUAAUCAAGAAGAUGUCUUCAGCACCGGAAUCUCCUGCCUUUAAAAAUGAACCACCCAAAGAGAAAGACUUUCAAAACCCAGGGCUCAGAGGGGUCCGCACAACAACUUUAUUUCGAGCUGUGAAUCCAGAGCUCUUCAUUAAACCUAACAAACCUUUAAUGGCUUUCGGAUUGAUAACCCUUUCACUUUGCGUGGCGUAUAUUGGUUAUCUACAUGCAACACAAGAGAAUACAAAGGACCUGUAUGAAGCUGUUGAUAGUGAGGGACACAGUUACAUGAGGAGGAGAACAUCUAAAUGGGAUUAAUAGUGCUGGAUACCACAGAUGGAGCUUCAUAAAGGGCUCUGAAAUCUUUGAAGGAAAGACUUUGUGAGUGCAUAGUAUCAGCUUCUUGUUCUGGAACGUGUUGAUGAGGAGAGAAGGUAGCAGUUGCAGCCAGGCCUUGAGGCUGCAGUCCUUACCUCAUUCUUUCUCCACAGCGGGAGCUUCUUAAUGUUGUUCUUUUAUUAAGUCCUCAUAUCAAAGUGCCAGGAAAAUGGAAAUCGUUUUGUUAAUUAUUAUGUUCUAUAUAAUAAAAGUACCCAGUGCUAUCAAAUUUGCAGGGUAUUUUUAAUAUUUUAAGGUGAAUUGUGCAUUUGCAACUGUUGUGAGGGUUUUGUUUUGUUUUGCUAUUUGUAAAGGCAAUGUUCAUUUUCUUUCUGGCACAGAACUUGUAUUUAUGAAAAAAAAGAAAGAAAAAUUAUAAAUUAUUAUAAAGCCUGCAGUCAACAUUCAAGACAGAUAAUUUUUACAGAGUCACAGAUGACUCAUAUAUUUUGGCAUUCCAUUUCAGCUAUUUUUGGUCCAGAAUUUUAUUUCCUUUGAUAAGGCAGUCCCACUCAACUACUAACAUGAGUAAAUGAGAGAAUAAUCCAAUGCAAUUGGAGUUUUUCUUUGAAAAAGAAAGUAUAUUAUACCUAGGUAUGUUUUUAUUUGAUUCCAACCAAAUGUUAUCUAUUUUAGUUUUUGUAAAUUAAUGUUACAAUGAUAUUAUAAACAUAAAACCAAAUUUUCUUAUGGUUAUUUUAAAACUAGAACUAUUCAACAGAUAGGAAAAGAAGGUCUUCUUAGUUUCCUGGGUUUACCUUAUAUAAUUUAGAUUUUUCUGACAAGGAUUUUGGACAUGUUUCAUUUUUGUAGAUUUUUACCGUUUUCCAAAUCCCUGAAAUUGGGGCUCAGAAAUAAAUCUUACCUAUGAAAUUUUGUUUCAUUUAUUAUUACCAAGUAACAAUAACUACAUUGGCAGGGUUUAUCAUCAUAUUAUGAGCUUUUAAUUUCUAGUACUUCAUUGUGGUUGUGUAAGAUAUGUGAAAAUGCAAUUGUGUCUUGUUUGUAGAUAUUAAAGAGCUUAAUUCAUUGAGUUAUCUAUAGGCAACUAAAUCAAAUCUUUAUUCCUGAGCCCUAAAUAUUCCUUUGUUACAUCUCUCUAUAUAGUACACUUCAUCAGUUUAGAAUGCACUUAGGUGGUACAAAAUGCCUUUUAAUUUAAAGUAUUAUCUUUUGCUUUUGGUUUCCCUGUGUACUUUGGCUGUUAAGCUAGAAUUCUUCUAUUUUUAAUUUACGUAUUUAAUGUCACACUGUCAUCUUUUAGAAUUCCUCUAUUAUUCAACAAAAUAAGUUGAUAUUGGGGGGGAGGAGAUAGUAGUUAGGUGAACUAUCAAGAGACCAUCACAGCACAGAAGGGCAGUGGGAAAUGCACAGAGCAGCCUUAAGCCAUGUGACGUCUAUGUAUGUGAAUACAUACAUAUUCACAUGUAUCAUUUCUGCUAUAUAGACUUUUAUCAGCUCUUCUAAUCAAAGUUGCUUGUCUUUCAGGGGUGUCUGUUUGGCAUGAGAAGAAUAUGUGUUAAAAUCUAGCUUCUGCACAGACCAGUUGUGUGCCUUAGACAGUACAUUUAGUUUCUCAGUCUGUUUCCUUAUAAGGAUGUUAGGGAUCCUAUAUUAAAUAGGAUUGUGUCGUUGCUUUUGGUUAUUGGGAAAUAACCAUAAGAAAAUUUGUUUUUAUGUUUAUAAUAUCAUUGUAACAUUAAUUUACAAAAACUUAAAUAGAUAACAUUUGGUUGUAAUCAAAUAAAAACAUCAUAUCUCAGUAUAAUAUAAUUUUUUUUUCCCAAAGAAAAACUCUAAUUGCAUUGGGUUAUUCUCUCAUAGAUAAUCCCUAUCUUGCAGAUUGGUUAUGAGACUAUAAUGAAAUAUUUGUUGCCACUUACGCAGUAGAUUCAGCAAGGUGCACAGCUGGGAAAAAUAAUGGGAGGGAACAAUCACAUUGAAUUUUAGGAACAAAUAACCUAACUAUGAUACUUUUUACAGGGUGGUUACAAGUUACAGCACAGGCUUUGUGUACGCGGAGUGUCAAAGGCUGCCUGGCUGUGUAUUGAUGUUCUCAUUCAUUCUCUAAGGGAAAACCCCACUUUGACAAAGUGUCUCAGAAAGGAAUGGUCUGGGCAUGAGAUGUACAGCAUUUUGGAGUCAGGGUUCAAGUGGUUAAAGGAAGGUCUUUCAGUGUGGGAAUCUGGUUGAGAUUGGGCAAACUCAGUAACAUAAUAGGUUAGAUCUUGAAGCAAGUCUCAAUAAGUAAACUAUUAAUAAGCGGUAAGUGACUUUUUGCCCAGGGAAGUAAUCUGUUCUGAUAGAGGAGCUAUUUUCCCGGAGGAGCAAGCUGUUCAAUUGAUUAAUUGGUUUUCAAGAAUUUCAUGAAUAGGGGCGCCUGGGUGGCUCAGUCAUUAAGCGUCUGCCUUUGGCUCAGGUCAUGAUCCCAGGGUCCUGGGAUCAAGCCCUGCAUCGGGCUCCCUGCUCCGCAGGAAGCCUGCUUCUC